AUGCCAGUAAAAGCCCCUGCAUGUCUAUCAAGAUCAGCGUACGGUUGGGCAGCGACAAGUAAUUGGAGAAAAUUUAUUUAUUUAAAUGGUGUAUUAACUAGUGGUGCACAUUCAAAAUAUAACGAAGAUAUUCGCAAACAUGACGUUGUUGAAUUAAUAUUAGACUGUAACAAGAGAAAAAUUCAGUUAUUCAAUAAACGAUCAAAUAAAAAAUAUGAAAUCAACGUUGAUGAUCGGGCAUGUCCAUUUCCAUGGAGAAUAACUGUAACACUACAUCAUAGUGGUGAUCGUCUACGCCUUGUGUAA